CGGCGAUAUGGCCGCGGAGCGAGGGGGCGAGGGAGGGGGUCACGACAUUUGCGACCGAGCUGCUUAUGUUUGUUUCGUUAUAGACGGAUCGACUCCGAUAAUGCUAGACGAGUUACGUGAAACAACUAAGACAGAUUAUGUGUUAAAAAUUGUCAUUAAUUAUGUGCUAAAUGGUUGGCCACGAUCAGUUAAAGACCCUAAUUUAAAACCGUAUUUUAUGUGUAAAUUGGAACUGUCGUAUGAAAACGGAUGUCUUAUGCGUGGUCAUAAGGUAGUAAUACAAGAGACGCUCCGUAACCGGGUUUUAGCGGAUCUACACACAUCUCAUUUAGGUAUUGUUAAAACUAAGGCCGCGGCUCGCUCUCGCUUUUGGUUUCCCGACAUAGACGCGGCUUUAGAACGCAUGAUAAGCCUUUGUGAAGUGUGUGUCCAAUUACGGCCAUCACCGCCCCGAGCGCCCGUGUCACCCUGGCCAUAUCCCCCACGGCCUUUUCAUCGAAUUCAUCUAGAUUUUUUAGGGCCUGUGAAUGGACGUACCUACUUACCUAAUUAUUGUCGAUGCUUAUACAAAAUGGGUAGAAGUUUACGAAAUGAGCACAUGCACAUCACCAGCUGUAAUCGAUAAAUUAUAUGAAUUUAUGGCUAGGUUUGGGCUACCACACACAAUAGUGACCGAUAACGGCACAUCGUUUAGUUCGCACGAGUUUAUACAUUUUUGUAAAUUAAACGGAAUCUCCCGCAUGACGUCACCGCCGUACCACCCGGCAAGCAAUGGUCAAGCGGAAUCUUAUGUAAAAAUAAUUAAACGUGGAAUCAGAUCUGUAGUACAAACUAGUAAAAGUAUCAGAGAAAGUAGACUGAAAUUAUUAAAAUACGUGUUCGACUACCGUAACUCUAGUCAUUCUACUACUGGUGAAUCACCAGCUCAACUGGUUUUUAGCCGUCAACUGAGAUCGCGCCUGGACCUCAUGAGUCCCCGCCCCCCGGCGCCGUCGUCGGCGCCCUCCUCUGCCUCACUCCACAUGCGUGUGCGUUCCAAACAGUGUUUGCUAACUGAGCGGCGCGGUGGUAAAUUUAGAACAUUUUAUGUUGAACAAGAUGUUUUUUACAAAAAGUAUUUGAACAAUAAUAAGUUUAUAUGGUUAAGAGGAAAGAUACAUAAAAACCUAGGAAAAAUGUUGUACGUUGUCAAGGACUAUAACUCAUUGAACUAUGUGAAAAAGCAUCGAAACCAACUUAUAUUAUAUAAUAAAGGAACAGGAUCGAAUAUGAGUAAUCACUCAUCGGGAGACAGAGCCGUUUAUACCUACAAUGAUAAUGAAAUAGUGCGUUCUGAUUCGACUUCAAUCUCUGAAUCGGAAGAAACUUCACUAGGGGAAGGGCUAUGCGUGCCACAAUCACGUGACGUGAGUGUGGCCUCUACAACGGAACCAAUUAACACCGAUAACACAUUACAAGGCACAAGCCGAGCCCUCGCCAUGCAAAGUAACACUGACAAGAGGAGUUCGUCGGCCGCCUUCAUCAGACGAUGAUGAAGUUUUUCAUGAUGUUGAGGAGGCAGAAGUCAUAGAAGAGAACAGAACUGUGAAUGUAGGCAGGUCUAAACGAGCUCGGCCUCCGGUUAAUUAUAAACAAUUCAUGUAAAACUUAUAAGGGGGGAAAGAUGUUAUGUAUGUGUACCUAUAACUAGCUAUAGUUACGCGGCUGCGCCCGCGUCUAAUCGAUCGAUGAAUACAUCCAGUGCGUUGACAGCCGUCGUGUUUCACUCACGCUCCUUGUUCCCAUACAUAUCAGUUUCCUUUCAUUUGAUUAAUCAAGUUUGUUGGAGACAUCAUCCUUAUACUUAACCGUAACGAUCGAUGCAAUAAAAAUACAGGGUGUAAUUUUUAACAGAUUUUAGUUGGUUCGAAUCCCGGGUGUGUAAAGCAAAUUUUUAGAAUUCUUUGAAUGCAGUUCUAUUUCUUUUCAAAAAUAAGGGAAUGUUUUCUUUGAGGA